AUGGCCACACUACACUAUCUCCCACCCGUCAAGCCUUCUGCGAUUGCCCUAGGCGUUGUCUUCAACCAGAUCUCCGGCGCUGGCGUGUUGGCUCCCCUGUUCGGCGAUGUCUAUCACCGUGCCAAGGCUGCUGACAGUAAGGAAGAGUUCUUCAAGUCAAAGGAGACCGCUACUGCCGCUGCCAGCUGGGGUAGCUCCAUUCUCGGCUCUGCUGUCCAGACCUAUGGUGUUGCAGCUUUGAUCAACGCCACUGGUACGCUGAGCUACAAGGGUGCUGCUUAUUUGGGAAGCUUGAUCUUUGCCGCUUCGUACAGCCCGUCGCUCAUCUCCGCCCUCGUCGUCGAGAAGCGACCUGUUGACACCGUUGCCGUGGGAGUUCUUGCUCGUCUUCUGGAAACCGUCGGCCUCAGCGUGUUCCUCACCUACUGGGGUACCCGCACCAACCCAUUUGACUAG